AUGGAUUUUCAGAUUAUACUAGAUGAAUAUUCUUGUGCAACAUAUGUUGUUGAAUAUGUCAAUAAGCAUAAUAGAGGGAUUAGUAAUUUGCAAAGACAAAUAAUUGACAUAAUGGACGAGCAUCCAGAAUUCGACAAUGUCGAUAUCACGAAAAAAAUGAGUAUUGACAAACUUCAGUCUGUUGAAAUGCCGGCACAAGAAGCUGCUUGGUAUUUAUUAAGAGAACCUAUGGCUAAGUCAUCGGUGGUGUCAGUCUACAUUCCAACGGUAUUUCCUACUGAACGCGCAAGAAUUAGAAAAUCUAUGAAGGAGCUUGAAGCUUUAGAUGAUGAUUGUACGAACAUUUGGAAAGAGAAUUGGCUUGAUAAAUAUGAGAAAAGACCUGAAGAACUCCGCCAUGUUACGUUAGCACAAUUUGUUUCAAAAUAUUACCUAAAUACAAAGGGACUUACACUAAAAGAGAUACUGCAAGAAUAA